ACUGACAUUCACGAGUACAAACACUGACAUUUUAAGCUUUGGUCUUGUUUAUAUUUUUAUAUUUUAUUUUAUUAAUAAGUUUUUUUUACCUACUCUUUUUCUAACUUUAAGUUUAUUUUCAUAGAGUGUUUUCGAUAGUUACUGAAUUAUGGCCAAAAGACCUAAUCCUUACACAGACGACUUUAUUCAACAAAGUAAAACACACGUAGGCCUUAGGCAAUUGAAUAACAAUGAGGAUGGAUUACGAAAAGUUUACGAAAAAACGUUAGAACUAUUGUUCCGCGGAGCAAAAAAAGCACAAAACAGUACACAACAUUGUGAAACUAUACAUGUUGAGCGAAAAGAUGGUAUGAAACAAUUGUUCAUUGGCAAAGACGGUACUCUAUUACACUUUGGAAAUAUGGCAAGAGACAAGAAUAUCCAAGUGCAAUAUUGUAGUUGUAAGGGGCUAAAGGUGGACUGGUGCUCUUACUGUGAAAUACCACUGUGUGUUGUAUGUCAGCACCUGUGCGGAGUCUGCCAACAAUCCUACUGUUCAAAGUGUUCACUAAUCGGGCAGGAGGGCUCAGAAGUUUGUGUUUCAUGUUACACUUAAAAUUAUAAAGUUUAUAGUUAUUUAGUGCUAAUUGUUGAAUAAUACAUAAUGUGAUAAUCAGUUACGGGCUAAGAGCCUUUAAGUGUAUACUUAGUACUAUUAAAUGAGAGAAAUAAAAUAUUUUUGAUUUAAA